CAGUUCCCUGCCACCACAGCAGUAAUUAUUUCACUCCCAGCAGUUGCCGUAAUGGCCUCGGUCCUGCCCUUACCUCAGCUGUUUUGCUUUCAGCCACAGCUGAUACCCUGUUCUAAGGUGUAUAUGCAUUCAUCUUAUCCUGAGGCACAUUCAGGGGUGGGUAUCCUACAUCCCUCCCCACCUCAAGAAAAAUGUAACGGUUAGCUAAACUGCCACCAUCUGAGUGUCCAUGCUGGUAUCAACUUUGGGCCCCCAGCUAAGUUAAUAUGCCCUGGGGCCCCCAGCUAAGUUAAUAUGCCCUGGGGCCCCCAGCUAAGUUAAUAUGCCCUGGGGCCCCCAGCUAAGUUAAUAUGCCCUGGGGCCCACAUCCUGCUUUCUGGACCACUGCUCUAUUCAGUUUCCUCUCUGAUGCUGGUACAGGCACACAAGGGCGUAACUUUGGAGUAAACAUCAGGGGCGUUGAGGUCCUCACCCAUUCAUCGUGAUUAUUUGGGGUGUGGGGGGUUGCAUUGCCUGGUUCGGAUUAUUAGGAUUUGGGUUACGACCCGAAGUCACCGAAGAGACUUCGAAAUUUUGGGUUAUUUGGGUUACGACCCUAACCCCAUAAUUUACACCCAUGAUACCACAUACAGUAUAAAAAACAAUGAAAUCUACUCCAAUACCUCAGUUGACCAUCAAGCACAGUCUAUUCAUAUGCACCGUAUUUGUGUCUGCAAUCUGCUCCUUGCUGUGUAGCUGUCCUCUGUUGCCUCAGUAAACGCUACUUAAGCAAUAAAACAGUUAAUGAGUACUUCUUAGCUACUGACAUCCUCAGUAAUAAUAAUUAUAUAUGAGGGAAAAAAAUUGAAAAUGGUACCUGUCAUCUUCAUCACCUCUUCAUUGACUGAUCUUGAAAAAUCUGGCACUUAGGCCAAACUGCAUGUCCUUGGCUUAUGUCCCAUGAUGCCGCAGGGCUGUAAAGCGCUGGCAGAUACUGCUGAGUAAGUGCUGGGGCUUUAAUGGUCAUGAUUCCCGGGGAAGGGGGUUAGAUGUCGUCAGCAGGAACACGCCCUUUAGCUCAGCAUAGAGGAUCAAAGUCCAGUCAGCUGGGCCACUUCUGGUUCUCAGAGUGGUUGGAGGACAGCAGGCUACUUUUCCUGGGACCUGCAAGGAGUUUCUUACCUUUAAACCUCUGAGGGUUCCUGGCUCUAUGUGACAGGGAACUGACUCAAUACAAAGCAAGGGAUACCAAACCAUCAGACAUGGAGACCAACGUGACCCAGAUUUCCCGGGAGGACCUGGAGGAGCUGAGAGAGGCGUUCGAUAAAAUUGAUAUUGACAACAGCGGCUACGUGAGUGACUUCGAGCUGCAAGAGCUCUUCAGAGAGGCCAGCUUCUCGCUUCCUGGCUUCAAGGUGCGGGAGAUAGUGGAAAAAUUCAUGGCUGCUGCUGACACCAACAAGGAUGACAAGAUUACGUUUGAGGAGUUUGUUUCGAUGUACCAGGAACUGAAGAGCCAAGAUAUCAGAGAGUCUUUUCGGAAAGCCAUAACCAGGAGAGAUGGGAUCAGGUCAUUUGGUGGCACCUCUGGAAUCUCCAGUGAAGGAACCCAGCACUCCUACUCUGAUGAAGAGAAGGUGGCCUUUGUUAACUGGAUCAACAAGGCCUUGGCAGAUGAUUCUGACUGUAAGCACCUCGUUCCCAUGGACCCCGUCAACGAAAGCCUCUUCAAAUCUGUCAAGGAUGGCAUCUUGCUCUGCAAAAUGAUCAAUUUAUCCCAACCGGACACGAUUGACGAGAGGGUCAUAAACACAAAGAAACUCACGACUUUUACGAUGACCGAGAACCUGGUACUGGCGCUUAACUCCGCCUCCGCCAUUGGCUGUACAGUCAUCAAUAUAGACGCCCAGGACCUGAUGUCCGGCAAGCCGCACCUGGUGCUGGGCCUGCUGUGGCAGAUCAUAAAGAUCGGCCUGUUCGCCGACAUCGAGAUCUCCAAGAACGAAGCUCUCAUCGCACUGCUGCAGGAGAGCGAGGAGAUGGACCACCUGCUCUCCUUGUCUCCAGAGGAGCUUCUGCUCCGUUGGGUAAACUACCACCUGAGCAAUGCCGGAUGGCAGCCAAUUGGCAACUUCGGCGAUGACAUCAAGGAUUCCAAGGCCUACUUCCACCUUCUCAAUCAAAUAGCACCCAAGGGGGAAAAUGAGGACGAGCUGAUGGUCGUCGUCGACAUGUCGGGAUUUAAUGAGCCGGAUGACGAGAAGCGGGCGGAGCUCAUGCUGAGGCAGGCAGCGCGGCUCGACUGCCGGCAGUUCGUCACCCCGCAGGACGUCGUGGCCGGGAACCAGAAGCUGAACAUGGCCUUCGUCGCCAACCUGUUCAACACAUAUCCGGCAGUCAGCAGGCCCUCCGACAACGGCAUUGACCCCACUCUGCUGGAGGAGCUGACCCCUCCCAUUGUAGGGGAAUCCAGAGAGGAGAGAACGUUCCGGAACUGGAUGAACUCCUUAGGGGUGACACCAUACGUCAACCAUCUAUAUCGCGACCUGGUAGAUGCCCUGGUCAUAUUUCAAUUGUAUGAGAGGAUCCAGGUCCCAGUGGACUACAGGAAAGUAAACAGGCCACCUUAUGCAGCGCUGGGAUCCAACAUGAAAAAGCUUGAGAACUGCAACUAUGCCGUUGACUUGGGGAAGCAGGAAGCGAAGUUUUCCCUGGUGGGGAUCGGCGGAGAGAAUAUAAACGAGGGGAGUCAGAUGCACACCCUGGCCCUGGUCUGGCAGAUAAUGAGGAGGUACACGCUGAUGGUGCUUUCUGUUCUGGGAGACGGCGAAAAAGUCAACGACCAGAUUAUCAUCGACUGGGUGAAUGAUUCACUACAACGAGGGAAGAAGAGUACGUUCAUCACCAGCUUCAAGGAUAAGUCGAUAAGCACAAGCCUGCCAGUAAUUGACCUUAUCGACACCAUUGCCCCGAACGCCAUAAAAGCAGAGAUGGUGAAGAGAGACGACUUCACCAAUGAUGACAAACUUAAUAAUGCAAAAUACGCUAUUUCGGUGUCUCGUAAAAUUGGGGCGAAGGUCUAUGCUCUCCCGGAGGACCUGGUGGAGGUGAAACCGAAGAUGGUGCUGACGGUGUUUGCAUGCUUGAUGGCUCUGGGCCUGAAGAAGGUGGCGGGUUGAUACCCCCACCUGACCCCCCCGUGUGACUGCCCCCGUCCCAUACCCGGGCCCCCAUCCAAGCUGUCGACUGUGAUUUUAUCAUCAUAUAAUGCUGUCUGUGGGACCUUCGGCAUCUUCACUGGGUUUCAUGGGAUUUGUGGCAUUUUCUUCUCAUCUCAUCAUGUCCUCAAAUUCAGGAUCUUUAAAGUUGAAUAUAGUCCAAUAUGAUUUCGAUUGUCCUUUUUCCCUGCGUGAUAAAUAUCAAAGUUUUAUGUUUUGUUUUGUUUUUUAAUUUAAUAAUAAAAUCAUAUUUACCCAGUAA